CCCAACAAUCACCGUAAUUUCCGACUGCUAUGUCAGAUCGGGAGCAGAAUUAUAUUACAAGGAUAUUCGCACUAAUCGCGUGGGUUGAUUUGUUGCAAAAUUUUACAGAUGUUUUCUAGACUGAAAGUAGCUUAUGCGGAGCUGAAGCCCCGGCAUUGGUAUUUACGUUGGAUGAGUAGUACUGCUAAUUUGAAAGAAACUCAGCCAGUGAGUAUGGCUGGGCAGCAGCAACCUAUUUUUGGUAGAACCAGCAUUGGGACGUUUUUUCAGGAAGAACCGUGUUUUGGAAACCAGUAUAUUGAAGAUAGUCUCUUACGAAGUUAUCUGAAGCGGCAACUUCCGCCUGAGGUAUUCCUGAAGGUAGAUUGUGACUUGGAACGGUUUGGUGCUCGGCUGUGUGAUGAGAUUGAUGACCUUGGCAAAGAAUGUAAUGUUAACCACCCAGUGCUUCAGCAUUAUGAUGCCUGGGGAAGGAGGGUUGAUCGUAUUGUCACCUGCCCUGCUUGGAAGAAAAUGAAAAAAAUUGCAGCAGAGGAAGGGCUUGUUGCUGAAGCUUAUGACAGGAAAUAUUCCAAUUGGAGUCGACUUUAUCAGGUAGCCAAACUUUACCUAUAUGCGCCAUCGGCUGGCCUCUUCACAUGCCCACUGGCGAUGACAGAUGGAGCUGCCAAAGUCAUCGAGACCCUUGGUAUUUCGGGCCCCCUUGAGAAAGCUUACAGUCACCUAACAUCCCGUGACCCUAAGAUUUUCUGGACAUCUGGACAGUGGAUGACUGAGCGUAAAGGAGGUUCUGAUGUAGCUGGAGGCACAGAGACUGUGGCCAGGGAACAGCCUGAUGGCAGUUACAGACUUUAUGGAUUUAAAUGGUUCACAUCAGCAACGGAUGCAGAUAUGACUUUAACUCUUGGGAGAGUGAUGGAUGCACAGGGCAACACUGUGGAGGGGUCAAAAGGUCUGUCCCUGUUUUACUUGGAGAUGUUUACUGAGGAUGGAAGACUGAAUAACAUUGAAGUCCAGAGACUGAAGGAUAAGCUGGGUACAAGACAGGUCCCUACUGCAGAACUUUUGCUGGAUGGAACAAAAGCAUUCAAAAUCUCAGAUGAGGGUCGAGGUGUGGCAUCAAUUGCUAACAUGCUGACCAUCACAAGAGUGCAUAACUCGAUUUCAGCUGCAUCUGCUAUGAAGAGAAUUGUCACGUUGGCUCGAGAGUAUGCCAGCAAACGCUUUGUGUUUGGGAAGUUCAUUCAAGACCACCCUCUACAUAUGCAGACAAUGGCUCGGAUGGAGGUUGAGACUCGUGGAGCUUUUCUUUUGCUAAUGGAGGUGGCUAGGCUGUUGGGUCUGGAAGAGAAUCAUAUGGGAUCUGAAAUCGACUUACAUCUGCUGCGUUUAUUGACACCAAUUGUAAAGUUGUAUACUGGUAAACAGGCCAUUGCUGUUGUAUCAGAAGGGUUAGAAUGCUUUGGUGGACAGGGCUAUAUGGAAGACACUGGUCUACCAGGAAUGCUUAGAGAUGCUCAGGUACUGAGCAUAUGGGAAGGGACAACAAACAUCCUUUCUCUGGAUGUCUUACGUGCCAUAACAAAAACAAGAGGGCAAGUUUUAGCAGUCUUCUCAUAUGCAGUAAAGAGCAAGUUAGAAGCUGCAGCUGACAUUCCUGAACUGAAGCAAGCUGUAAAAGCUGAACAGAUUGCUCUUGGGAGACUAGAAGAGUUUAUACAUAAAGCAGGUACUCAGGAGGCGUCAUUUCUGGAGGUAGCAGCUCGGGACCUUUCCUACAGCCUGGCAAGAAUCUAUGCAGGAGCCCUGCUUGUAGAGCAUGCUUCCUGGAAGGAGGCUACAUCACUGGAUAUUUAUGCUGCAGUCAGGUGGUGUGAACAAGAACUUUGUCCAGUUGCCACAGCUGAGAAGGCUGGCAAUUACUCUGCUGAAAUGGUUGCUAUGGAUACUGCAUUAGUGUAUGAUGGAAGUUCAUCUAUCAAAGGAAAAUUGUAGUCAUUAGCAAUGUGAAACCACUACAGCUGAAUAGUGCUAACAAAAAGUAUUCUAAUCAGACAGCAAAACUUAAUGGGCUGAGAAGUCUGUUUUGAGUAAUUAAUCCAUUAUCUGUUGGUUCAGCGAAAAGACAUUUCAGUGAAUAUAGGUAACCUACCCUGAGGUUUGCUACCUCAAAGUAUGCAACUACUUUCAGGGCUUGAGAGUGCUUUUUCUUUUCGCUCUUUUAGAAGUGACCUUUGAAAUGAGAGUUGCUGGGAAAAGGCAUAACUAGUGGACACAGUUUUAUCAUGAGAAUGCCUUUACCAGGCUCAUUUUACUUUAGUGCAUUACAAUACUUUUUUGUGUGUACAAUAGCAAAUGUAUUAACAGCCAGCCUCAUGAUUAGAGUAGCAGAGCCUUGCAUGAACCUCUAAACAGUUAGGAGUUGACUGGUAGGGUUACCACCUGUCCUACUUUGCAAGGGACAGUCCCUCUUUGGGCAGUUGUGUCCUGACAAAAAAUUUAAAAAAUGGCAAAUGUCCUGAGAUUUU